AUGGCUAUUCUCAUUCCCAGUAUUUCUAACGGUGCUGUCGAGGAUGUCUCAAGCGGGUCUCCUCAUGUGACAAAAGUCACGGGAGCUAAGCCCAAGUCACAUCACAAUCUGAAUUUCGAUAUCAUCGACAUCCGCCAUGAUGGUGCCGAAAUCGAGUUGAAGGAUGAGAUAUUGGCAUCUCUGAGACCAAAAAGCGGUCUCAAGAGUCUGCCCACCCUGCUCCUGUAUGAUGAGCGGGGUCUACAAAUAUAUGAAGAAAUCACUUAUUUGUCUGAAUACUACCUUACAAACGCAGAGAUAGAUGUCCUUGAACGUUCCGCGGAAAGUAUUGCUGCAAAUAUACCUUCUAACUCUAUGGUUGUUGAGCUGGGAAGCGGUAAUUUACGCAAGGUGAGUAUAUUACUACGAGCUUUAGAUGCGGCGGGAAAAUGUGUCGACUACUACGCGCUUGAUCUUUCAUUGAAAGAGUUGGAGAGAACUCUAGAGCAGGUUCCAGAAUUCAGAUACGUGAAGUGCCAUGGGCUUCAUGGAACUUAUGACGAUGGUCUCGCGUGGUUGAAACUUCCUGAAAACUCUUCCAGGCCAAAGUGCGUUGUAUCGAUGGGAUCGAGCAUUGGUAACUUUCAAAGGCACGAUGCGUCAGCGUUUUUGAAGAGUUUUGCGGAAGUUUUUAGCCCCUCGGAUAUGUUUCUCAUUGCCAUUGAUGCGACUAGUAAUCCAGAAAAAAUCUAUCAUGCUUAUAAUGACAAGAAAGGGGUCACCCAUAAGUUUAUCUUGAAUGGUUUGAUCCAGGCGAACAAAAUUCUCGGAGAGAACAUAUUUGAUAUUGCAGACUGGGCUGUCAUCGGAGAAUAUGUAUACGACACACAAGGAGGUCGUCACCAGGCCUUUUAUUCUCCAAAUCGAGAUAUCGUCAUCAAAGACGUUCUUGUCAAAUCAGGAGAACGUGUAAAGAUAGAGGUCAGUUUGAAAUACUCAGAGGAAGAAACAGUCAAGCUAGUGAAAGAUGCUGGGAUGAUGGAAGCUCAAAAAUGGUCGGCUUCUAAAGAUGAAUAUAAUAUGCACCUCUUAAUAAAAAGCACAAUGGCAUUCGACUCGAAUCCAAAUGAAUAUGCUUCGUCUACGGCCCCAACUUUUGGGGAUUGGCAAGGUCUAUGGUCAGUAUGGGACACUGUCACCAGAAAAAUGAUUCCAAACGAAGAAUUGGUCGAGAAGCCAAUUAAACUUCGAAAUGCUUGCAUUUUCUACCUGGGACAUAUUCCGACUUUCUUGGACAUGCAACUGAAUAAGGUUACUACAGAGCCGCUUUGUGAGCCUUCUUCAUAUCCCGCAAUUUUUGAAAGGGGAAUUGAUCCGGAUGUUGACAAUCCCGAGCAAUGUCACUCUCAUUCCGAGAUUCCCGAUGAGUGGCCACCCCUUGAGGAGAUUCUAUCAUAUCAAGAAAAGGUGAGAUCAAAAGUCAAGAAGUUAUAUGCAAGCCAAGCACUUCCCAGAAAUCUUGGUCGCGCACUUUGGUUGGGGUUUGAGCAUGAAGCUAUGCAUUUGGAAACCCUUUUAUACAUGUUAUUGCAAAGUGAUAAGACUAUUCCACCCACUAGCGCUAGGCCAGACUUUAAAGGAGAAGCAAUAAAAGCCAAGACAUUGCGAGUGCCAAAUGAAUGGUUUACUAUUCCAGAGCAGAAAAUCGUAGUCGGGUUGGAUGACCCCGAGGAUAAUUCUGGACCGGAUAAUCAUUUUGGGUGGGAUAAUGAGAAACCUCCCCGAGAAGUUGUGGUUCAAUCAUUUGAAGCCAAAGGACGACCAAUUACCAAUGAAGAGUACGCUUUUUAUCUGGAACAAACACAUGAGAGCAAGAUCCCUGCUUCGUGGAUCAGAAGUCGACAAUCUAAUGGCUACACCAACGGUACUUCAAAUGGUCACAGUACAAAUGGAUCAACUUCGCCUCGGUUAAGCAAGGCAUACCUCGAAGACAAGGCUGUUCGAACAGUCUACGGUCCAGUGCCACUCGAGUAUGCUCUAGAUUGGCCUGUAUUCGCUUCAUAUGAUGAGAUUUCCGGAUGUGCAAGCUGGAUGGGGGGGCGAAUCCCAACGGUUGAAGAAGCUCGAAGUAUUUACAGUCACGUUGACGGUUUGAAUAUCAAGAAAGCAGAGAGACAUCUGGGCAAGACUGUGCCAGCUGUCAACGGGCAUCUAAUAAACGAGGGCGUUGAAGAGACACCACCAUCACAAGCGUCUCAAGUCGGUGGAAGCUCUCAAGAGCUUUUCACCGACCUUGAAGGUGCCAAUGUGGGAUUCAAGAACUGGCAUCCAAUCUCCGUUACUUCUGGCGGUAAUAAACUCGCAGGGCAAGCUGAUAUGGGUGGAGUUUGGGAAUGGACCAGCUCACCACUCGUUCAACAUGAAGGAUUUGAGCCGAUGCCUUUAUAUCCGGCAUACACUGCCGACUUCUUUGACGGAAAACACAACAUUAUCCUUGGAGGAUCAUGGGCAACUCAUCCUCGUAUUGCUGGAAGGAAGACAUUUGUCAAUUGGUACCAGCGUAAUUAUCCAUACACAUGGGCAGGUGCACGAGUAGUCCGUGAUUUCUAG